UCGGCGAUGACCCAGCAAGGGGCGGCCCUGCAGAGCUACAACAACGAGCUGGUCAAAUGUAUUGAAGAUCUCUGCAUAAAAAGGGAUGAGUUGAACAAACAGAUACGGCUAGAGGAAGAGGAGAAGGUUAAGCUGCAGAAUGAAAUCCGCCUCUUGACAGAGAAACUGGCCCGUAUUAAUGAGAACCUGGCCCGCAAGAUGGCUUCCCGGAAUGAGUUUGAUAAAACCAUUGCUGAGACUGAAGCUGCUUAUAUGAAGAUCUUGGAAAGUUCACAGACACUACUAAAUGUCCUGAAAAAGGAAGCAGGGAAUCUCACCAAAGCCACAGAUAUAAAAAGCACUGGGACUAAAGAAAGCUGAACAUUGCUUGAAUUGACCUGAAGUAGAUUUUUAAGAGGGAGCUCCAGGCUCAUGGGAGGCUUUGCA